AAAAAGAAGAAGAAGAAAUGCAGCCAACUAACUUGCCACCAUAUUUAAGCAGUCGUCAUGCUACCCUCUCAGAAGAUUUAGCUCCCUCUUCCUCCCUCCUCCCUCCAAACCAAACUCCUUGUUCUUCAUCACCAUCAUCAGGCUCUAGCUUGCUUUCUUGAUUCCUCUACAGCGUGAAACUGGUUCUGAAGAUUCAGAAAUAAAGUCGGCUUUUCGGAGCUUUCGGGCAGCUUGAAAGCACUUGCUCUUGAGUCUUGAGGAGCUUUUCUUUGUGUAGGCCCUCACAAAUGGCGGUAAAGAUGAAAGGAAUCUUCAAAGGGCUGAGGAUAUUCUCGCACAUGUUUGCUCAAAAGGAACAUGAGAUGGAAAUUGGGUUCCCUACAGAUGUAAAGCAUGUGGCUCACAUAGGGUUGGGCACCAGUGACACAUCUCCAAGCUGGAUGAAUGAGUUCAAGUCAGCAGAAGAUUUAUCUGCAGGCUCUCUGAGCACAGCUGAGCAGUCAAGGCAAACUUCUUGGACCUCUACAGACUUUGAGCCAGCAAGAUCCAUGCUGCCAACUGAGAUUAAUUUCCCAGACAGACCAGCACAAGAGUCCUCCUCCUGCCCCCCAAGAGGCCCCAGGAAGGCAAGGAGGAAGAAGACCAGGACAUCUUCCCCUACCUCCUCUGCAAGAUCAUCUUCCUCGAGGUCGAGGGCCUCCUUCGCGACGGCGUUCGACGAUUUCAACGAGUCGCAAAGAGGGCUUCGGGUCGUGUAGAAACCUUGUGUGACCACCUUGCAUAUAAUACAAUGUUUCUGGUUUAGGGAGGGAGGUGAUUUGUGAAUUGCUUUAUUCUUUGUCCAGUUUAACGGAUGGUUGGAAAUGCAAAAGUAAGUUGGAAGUUGAUCAAUGUUUGUCCAUAAAGCUUUGGUAUCACACAAUCACAGAUCUUGUUUCACAUUGUUUUUCAAGACACGUAACUGUAAAAAAGUGCUAAUCAAAGGCAUGCCUACCAGAGUAAUGUCAAUGAUCA